AUGAAGUUCGCCACGUCGAUCAUCGCCGCGCUCUGCGCAUCUCUUACCGCCGCCGCACCCACCGCCCAGUCUCUGGACUUGAGCCAGUACAGCAAGCGCGCGGAUUCGAGUCUCGUCGGCUACCUGGGUGCCUUCUUCCUCGGCGACGAGCCCAGCGUCUACUUCUACCGCAGCAAUGGCAACAACGCAAUCUCGUUCUCGGCCCUUAAUGGCGGUAACCCGGUUAUUGUGCCCACUCUCGGCACCGGUGGCGUGAGAGACCCCACUAUCAUCGCUGGCGGGGGUGACGAAGCGGGAAAGAAGUGGUACAUUAUCGGGACGGAUCUCGAUAUCUCAAAGACAACCUGGGAUGCUGCCCAGCGCACCGGCUCGCGCGGCAUUUUCGUCUGGGAAUCGACCGAUCUGGUGACGUGGACGGGCGAGCGCCUCGUCGAGGUCGAGGACGCGACGGCGGGCAUGGUCUGGGCGCCCGAGGCCAUCUGGGACGCCGAGGCGGGCAAGUACCUGGUGCACUGGUCCAGCAAGUUCUACGCCACCUCGGACACGGCCCACAGCGGCUCCCCUUCGGCCAUCAAGAUCCGCUCCGCCUACACGUCCGACUUCAAGACGUUCGAGGCCCCUGCCGACUACGUCGACUACUCGCCCAGCUCCGUCAUCGACCUGACGUUCCUGCCCCUCGGCAACAACGCUUACGCCCGCUUCAUCAAGAACGAGACCGCUACCAACGUCUUCACUGAGAUCAGCACCGAUGGCCUGUUCGGCACCUGGACCCGUCCUGGCGGCGCCAGCGCUAUCAUUCAGCAGAACGUUGAGGGCCCUGCCGCUUACUGGGACAACCAGGUCGACGGCAAGGCCUACCUGCUGCUCGAUUUCUUCGGCGGCGAUGGCUAUGCGCCGUACGUGAGCGAGGAUGUGCAGGCGGGUACGUGGACGGCGGCGGAUUCGAGCGCUUGGCCUAAGGAUUUGAGGCAUGGCAGUGUAUUGGCGGUUGACCAGGCAAGGUAUGAUGCUUUGGGAAGCUCGUUUGCGUGA